GUUCGCCGUGACAUGCUUAUCAUUCGCAACUAUUGGCUUGAAUGAUAGUUCUAUCGGUGCAUUAAUGCCACAAAUGGAGGUUUAUUACAACAAGAGUGAAUCAAUAAUGUCACUCUCUUUUUUGGCAAAUAGUGGAGGAUACUGUAUUGCGACAGUAGCAUCAUCAUAUAUGAUUCAUCAUAUGCCAUUAUAUAUAGUGCUGAUGAUAUCCACAUUCAUCUACGCAGCUGGUUCACUUAUAGGGACGUUUAAACCGCCUUUUGCAGCAUUGAUGGUAUCACUCGUUAUGACCGGGGUGGGAGGUGGUUUGUUAGACACAGCUGCAACAUCCGUACUUGUUCAUUUUGAAAAUGGUCCGCUUCUCUCUUUGGCAUUUUCAUUUUUUGCGAUAGGUUCAAUGUCUUCACCAUUUCUUGUUGGCGGUCUCCGUGAGAGUGAACGUCCCUGGGAACUUUACUUCUGGUUUCCAUUCGCGCUGACUUGUUUUCUUUUCGUCUUGCAAUGGUUUGUCUAUCGCUCCUAUAAAGCGCCAAUCGAAGCGGCAGGAAUACAAAUAUCCGCCAGCCGUCGCCUUCGUAUCAUUUGCACCAAUCCAAUGUGUAUUCUUGCUAUAAUAUUAAGCUUCCUUACGAUAGGAAUUCAAGGUAGUUGGAGCCAGUGGGCCAGUAAAUAUCUCCAGGACACCAAGAAACUCGAGUCUGGAGUACCACAGUUGGCUCAAGGGACGUUCUGGGCUGGUGUUACAGUAUCAAGGAUUGUUCUCUCCUACGUAAUUCCUGUAGUAGGUUAUAAUUUGUCGCCAUUGUUGCUUCUUGCUGGAUACGCUGCAACUUCGGCUGGGAUGUGGAAGCUACCAACGGAGAAUAUCGCUGGUGCAAUGUGCUUGAACGUCCUGCUUGGAUUCGCCACUGGUCCACUAAUGCCUUUAAUUAUAUCAGGCUUGUGUAGUGGUCUUCUCGGUUCGAGUAUUCUCCCAUUGGUGAUCGGCCAGGGCGUCGAUACGUUCAAUACCGACAUCAUACCAGGUGUUUUAAUAGUUGUUUUACUUCUCAUCUUCUGCAUUAACGUCAUUCUACAUCUCUUCAAAUAUCGCGAUUUAGCCAACCAAAAUGGUAAUGAACGAUCGCUAUAUCAAUUCAUGAGAAUUACAUACACAUUCCCUCAAAGAUCCAAAGAUACAGCAAAGCUAUGAUUUUUACCC